AUGAAGUAUCAUGCCGGGGUUCAAAAGAAAAAGCAAGGACUUAAUGCAGUUAUUAAGCAGAAGCAACAGCUACGGACUCAAGGUGCUGUAUCAUUAAGUCUCGAUACGCCUGUAUUUCAAGUAUUUGGCAGCAAUACGGACAUUGGAAAGACGAUUGUAUCUGCUGGAAUCUGUCGAAAUGCUAUUAUCAUUGCAGCAGCUAAUGGGGGACGUGUGGAGUACAUUAAACCAUUGCAGACUGGCACUGACGACGACAUUCCUGGAUCUUUUCCUGGUGAUGCAUUGGUUGUCAAACAAUACGCACUACUACCAAAUCAGAUACAAGGAACACUUGAAUGCUCGACACUGUUUUCGUGGAAAACUCCCGUGUCACCGCAUCUUGCGGCACAGAUAGAGGGACAUACGAUCACGGACGAAAUGCUGCUGGAAUUGCUGGCUGAUAAGCUUAAAGCUAUUAACAAGGUGAAUGCAGAUAAAGCUGCGGAAAGUUUGGUGCUUGUAGAGACAGCAGGAGGCGUUUGUAGCCCUUCAGCUUCGAUGACAUGCCAGGCAGAUGUGUAUCGUGGACUUCGUUUACCUGUAGUGCUCAUUGGUGACGGAAAGCUCGGUGGUAUUUCUACGACAAUGUCGGCACUUGAGUCGUUGUUGAUUCGUGGCUAUGAUGUGGCUGCCAUCUGUCUUAUUGAGCAAGAUGGUCUGGAUAAUGCUGUAGCUUUAGAGCCACGGACCAGCGAACUCGGCAUACCGAUCUUCACUAUGAACGCUAUUCCAGCAAUGCCGGAACCGCUGGACAAGUGGUUCAUGGAGCACAGCGACGUAUUUGACGAUGUGUACAAGGCCCUUCAGUUGUUUCACAAGACUCGUCUCGAGAGCUUUACGAACAUGGAACAACGUGCAGAGCAAGUUUUUUGGUGGCCGUUUACCCAGCACAAAAAGACUGGCAGGCUUUCCAUGGUUGAUUCUGCUCACGGCGAUGAAUUUAGUGUGUACCGUCCAGAAUACAACGCGGUGGAACCGCUGUUCGAUGCGUGCGCGAGUUGGUGGACUCAGGGUGUUGGACACGGUAACUCGAAAAUGGCGAUGGCUUUGGCGUACGCGGCGGGCCGCUACGGUCAUGUGAUGUUCCCUGAGAAUGCGCAUGAGCCUGCGCUGCAACUCAGUGAAAGGCUGCUUGCAUCGGUUGGUAAGGGCUGGGCCUCACGGGUUUACUAUUCGGACGAUGGAUCGACCGCUGUGGAGGUCGCUCUGAAGAUGGCGUUUCGUAAGUAUGUACUCGAUCACAAUCUGAACUACAACGAGUUCAUGUCUGAUGAGGCAAUGGGGUCCAAAAUGGUCACGCUGGCCCAGGCUAACUGCUAUCACGGUGACACACUUGGUGUCAUGAACGUUGCGGAGAAGAGCUUAUUUAACGAGAAGCAGCAUCCGUGGUACCGACCUGAAGGUAUUUUCCUGAAGGUUCCAACGAUGGCGCUGCGUGACGGCGCUUACGUAAUGUCGAUCGAUCCUGAAAUUGCCGGCAAUAAGCUGACUGAGGAAAGGCUUACCUCUUUGAAUGCUGCCUUCGACGUUUCGCGUAAUCAAAGUUCUUUGGCCAAAAUGUAUCGCAAGUAUGUGGCUCACAUGAUUGAUAGCACCGAGGAGAAUAACGUUCGUGUGGGGUCUGCGCUCAUUGAGCCUGUACUAAUGGGCUCAGGUGGCAUGUUCCUGGUAGAUCCGCUGUAUCAGCGUAUGCUUGUGCAGGAAUGCCGUGCUCGCAAGAUCCCGGUAAUCUACGACGAGGUGUUUUCGGGAUGGUGGCGUCUGGGUGUGGAGUCAGCGCGUGAUCUGCUUGGCAUUGACCCGGACAUCGCAUGCUAUGCCAAGUUACUGACUGGCGGCGUGGUCCCGAUGGCUGCUACGCUUGCGUCGGAGGAGGUAUUUCAGGCUUUCUACGCGGACUCCAAGGGCGAAGCACUAUUGCAUGGUCACUCCUUCACAGCGUACCCAAUAGGUUGCGCUGCUGCCGUGACUGCUCUAGACAUGUACCAGAUUUUCAAUGACGCCAGUGGUCCCAUCAAGGAUGCUACGCGUGUGUACUGGAACGUCGACGUUCUCACAGAUUUAUCCACCAAACGGUACAUUAAGCGUACGUUUGCUAUCGGUACGGUUGCAUGCGUAGAGUUGGCCUCGGAGAACGCAGGCUAUGCGUCGACAGAAGCUGCAGAACUGAUCCAAGCUUUGCGCCAAAACGGCAUAUACGCUCGUGCACUAGGCAAUGUGUUGUAUAUGAUGUGCUCUCCACUCACAACUCAAGCAGAUUGUAACAAGUACCUGACAAUGCUUACUCAACAGAUUGAGCUUGUAGUAGCCAAGCAAUAA